UUUAAUAAUAAGAAAACAUAUCAGCUGCUAUGCUACAAGGAUGGAGUCUAUCGUGUGGGAAUGUGGCUAAUCAACUUACCGCCUUAACCUAAUGCACAGUGCAUAAUAAUGUGAAAAAGGAAAGAGAAGAGAAAAUGAUGUGUCUCUCCUAUAUCUUAAAAACACACACUUUUGGAUGGACUGGCCAAGCAGAAUUCAUUCAGUACAGAGAGUAUUCCGGUCUUUGAAGAACCUCAAUCAAGAAAUGAAACUCCUGACAUUUAAAGACAAUCCUGCAGGUGCACGUCUACCUGAAAAUGUUUAGUUAAUAAUCUGACGGGCCUCAGCAACUGGCCUCCAUUUGCAUUGUGGAAGGAUGGCUGUUUGCUUGGUGUUCUGUUCUCUCUGGCUUCUGGAUGUUUUGGUGGGGCGCACAGGUGGGCACAGUUUAUUUUCUUGCGAGCCUAUCAUCUUGAGGAUGUGUCAAGACCUGCCUUACAAUACCACCUUUAUGCCUAAUCUUCUGAACCAUUAUGACCAGCAGACGGCAGCAUUAGCAAUGGAGCCGUUUCAUCCUAUGGUGAAUCUGGAAUGCUCAAGGGAUUUUCGGCCAUUUUUAUGUGCCCUGUAUGCUCCCGUCUGCAUGGAAUAUGGACGUGUCACACUCCCGUGCCGGAGGCUCUGCCAACGGGCAUACAGUGAAUGCUCCAAACUCAUGGAGAUGUUUGGAGUCUCUUGGCCAGAGGAUAUGGAAUGCAACAGAUUCCCAGAUUGUGAUGAGCCUUAUCCUCGUCUUGUUGACCUCAAUUUAGCUGGGGAGCCCACAGAAGAGACCCCAGUGGCAGUGCAGCGGGACUAUGGCUUUUGGUGCCCCCGGGAAUUAAAAAUAGACCCUGAUCUGGGUUACUCUUUCCUGAGAGUACGAGACUGUUCUCCUCCUUGCCCAAACAUGUACUUCAGGCGUGAAGAACUCUCCUUUGCCCGUUACUUCAUCGGAGUUAUUUCAAUCGUCUGCCUUUCUGCCACCUUGUUUACUUUUUUAACUUUCCUGAUUGAUGUCACACGAUUCCGCUAUCCAGAAAGACCCAUUAUAUUUUACGCCGUCUGUUACAUGAUGGUGUCGUUAAUUUUCUUCAUUGGCUUUUUGCUUGAAGACCGAGUAGCUUGUAAUGCAUCUAGUCCUGCCCAGUACAAGGCUUCUACAGUGACACAGGGCUCUCACAACAAAGCUUGCACCAUGCUUUUCAUGGUGCUUUAUUUCUUUACCAUGGCUGGCAGUGUUUGGUGGGUCAUUCUUACCAUCACAUGGUUCUUGGCAGCUGUGCCAAAGUGGGGCAGUGAAGCAAUUGAAAAGAAAGCAUUGCUCUUCCACGCCAGUGCAUGGGGCAUUCCUGGAACUCUGACCAUCAUCCUUUUAGCAAUGAAUAAAAUUGAAGGUGACAACAUUAGUGGCGUGUGUUUUGUUGGCCUCUAUGACGUGGAUGCACUAAGAUAUUUUGUUCUUGCUCCCCUCUGCCUGUAUGUGGUGGUUGGAGUUUCUCUGCUACUAGCUGGCAUUAUCUCCCUCAAUCGGGUUCGAAUUGAAAUCCCAUUAGAAAAAGAAAACCAGGACAAGUUGGUGAAGUUCAUGAUCCGGAUUGGCGUGUUCAGCGUUUUAUACCUUGUACCACUCUUGGUAGUAAUUGGCUGCUAUUUCUAUGAGCAGGCUUACCGAGGUGUGUGGGAGACGACAUGGAUACAGGAACGCUGCAGAGAAUAUCAUAUCCCGUGCCCUUAUCAGGUCACUCAGAUGAGUCGCCCUGACCUCAUUCUCUUUCUGAUGAAGUAUCUGAUGGCUCUAGUGGUUGGGAUACCUUCAGUUUUCUGGGUUGGAAGCAAGAAGACCUGUUUUGAAUGGGCCAGCUUUUUCCAUGGACGCAGGAAAAAAGAAACAGUAAAUGAGAGUCGUCAGGUGCUGCAAGAGCCCGAUUUCGCCCAGUCGCUCCUGAGGGAUCCUAAUACUCCCAUCAUCCGAAAGUCGAGAGGGACCUCCACCCAGGGGACCUCCACACAUGCCUCAUCUACUCAGCUGGCGAUGAUGGAUGACCAAAGGAGCAAAGCAGGCAGCGUCCACAGCAAAGUGAGCAGUUAUCAUGGCAGCCUGCAUAGGUCACGUGAUGGCAGGUAUACCCCCUGCAGCUACAGAGGCGUGGAAGACCGACUACCUCACGGCAGUAUGUCACGACUGACUGAUCACUCCAGGCAUAGCAGUUCUCACCGGCUUAACGAACAGUCGCGUCACAGCAGCAUCAGGGAUCUCAGCAGCAACCCCAUGACACACAUCACACAUGGUACAAGCAUGAACCGGGUUAUCGAAGAGGAUGGAACCAGUGCUUGAUAUGCGUUCAACAAAAACGAUGAGCAUAUACGAUAGUGUAUCUUGGAGCCCCUUUCUCAGUAAUAUGAUAAUGCUCAGUAUUAUCAUGCCUCUCAUCAGGUGCUGAUUUCACGCAUCAGGAAGCUGAAAAGUUGGUUUCUCUUUUUCAGAGCCAGCUGUUCUCAUGCUUACAUCAAAGUUGGAAUGUUUGAUCUGCAAUCUAGAGAAUAACAAAAGUAUAAGAGUUGGUUGUAGCUUCCAAAUGAACCUACAAGUAGAUAAUUAUUUAUUUGAUAAUGGUUAUUUUCCUGUCAUGCACCACAGUUGAAUUUGUCAUUUGGAAACCCACCCAAGUAGUUUGUCUUUGUUUCAAUAAAUAUUACCCUUAAAGAUCCAAUUGGUGAGGUCAUGUUAAGAGUUCCAGGAAGCAGAAAGAAACUCUUGAAUAUUGAAGGGGUUCUUCUAAGUGACCUUUUUGUCUUUGAUUUAGUUAAUAAACUGGUAGUGUUUUUAUUAAGCACAGAGGGCAGGCUGCAUCUUAAAUACUGUACAAAGGACAUCUGUGAGAGAUCAGUAGACAUUUUUUUAAACAAGUACACUGGAAAUGCAACAAAAGAAUGAGCAUUCUGGAGGAAGAAUGAAAACUCCAUUGAAGAUCAUGAGUUCUUACAGUUGUUCAGGCUGAAAAAUUGGGAUAGGGCAGUGAAAGGGUGUUUUUUUUGUAUAACGUGUACUGUCCUUGCUUUUUUAUUUUUUACAAAAUGCUUUUUAAAUAUUGUACUUGUUUACAAUUUCUGUGGGAAGAGGUGGAAAGGUCACUUUGAACCAGUUAACCCAGUUAAUUUAAAAAUGAGUGGUUCGAUAUUAACAUAUGAACAUUGCAGUUGAGCUUUGCCUAUUUCUGACCUAUAAAAUAUAGGUAGUGGGGGAACCUGGAUUUUUCCCUUAACCUGAGAGGAGAUAUUGUGAUCCCUCAGGGAUCCAUGAGUGCACAGAUGUAUCAGCCCAACUUCACCUAUGUAGGCAGAGAGGGGGGAUGCAUUGUCAGGAGCUUACUACCACUGUGCUGUUUUGGGACUAAGCAAAGUGUCAGGCUAAAACCCACCUAGUUAGGUGGAGUGUGCACUGCAUAGAGGAUUAGUUCUUACUGUAGGUUCUUCCAUUCCAGAAUAGGUUCAGAGAACAGAAACGUGGGGGGGGGGGAUUUCAAUAUUUUUUGUGAAUAAUUUUGCUCUCAUUUUGCCUUUAGGAUAUAUCAUGUCCUUGUCAACAUUGCAGGCGGAGUCCAAUCAUAUUUAAUAUGGUACAGUAGAUCUUCUGGAGCAGCUAUGUUAUAAGUUUCAAGUAUUGCUCACUAUGAGGAAACACUGGUUACAUUUGAACCUACCUCAUUAAUUACUGGAGAACAUUGCUGGGAAACGUACACUUACUUUUUCAUUGUCCUCACAUACAUUCCCUUGGUUGACCUGUUUCAGGCAUGUUGAAAAGCCUUUGUAAUGCUUGGAUGGUAUAGCUCAGGGGCAAAAAUAAGGCAACAACUCAGUAUCUGUACUUCAGAGGCUUUUGAGAGCAACAAGAGCUGGGCCUUGCAAACAUGAUUCAUUUUAAUUGUGCCCCAGUGACACUACAGCAAAUCACUUAGCUGUGCUAAUCUUUGAAAUCAAAGGUUACUCUGGGAGUCACCUUGCCUUUAAUAGCAGAGUUACUGUAAAUUGUUUUUCCUAGUCAGACCAGGCUUUGCUCCAAAGGAGAAGCAUGAACCAAAACCAACUUCAAAUAAAAAGCUUUAGAAGCCACUCUGCUCUCCUCUCUAUGUCAAUCCUACUAUUAAGGAUGGAAGUUAAUGGCUCAGCUUUGUGUGUAGCAAGCUGCCACAAUGAUAGUAUACAGUGCUAAUAGUCUGAUUAUUCUCUACCUUCUUUUUCAGAGCACAGGGAGUAUGCAAAGUUUGUCAAGUGGCUUUUGUUGGACAUGUUACAAUUCCACAUCAACAAUGAUGACAAAAUAUGAGGUUGUUUAAGCUUAUUUUAGCUUAAACUUUGCAACUUUCUUCUUGCUUCAGCAAAGGGAUGAUGAUUUAUAGGAAUUUGGAUUUACUAAGGGAGUUGAUCAUCAUCCAUAUUUUAAUAUAAUGGAACAAAAUAAUGUAAAGUGUUUACAUUGAUUGUUUGGCAAUACUGUUCUCAUUGCGACCGGGCUUUGACUUGUUUUAUACUGUGUGUGGGGAUGGAUGGUUGUGCUUACAUCCAUGUUAAUUUGAAAUGGGUUAAUUGUGGGGUUUAACUCUUCAGCUUCACAGAGGAACCUCUUUCACUGGAGGCUUUCAAGAAGAGGCUGGACAAGCGCCUGGGAUGGUUUAGGGACAGCAAAUGCUUUAUCUGUGUUGGUGUGGGGAUGGGGACUGAGAUGGCUCUUCAUUCUGUGUUCCAGAUGUAGAUGUUUUUAGCCUGUUCCUCACUCUUAUUAUUCUAGAUCUGGAGCACA